UGCUAGCUGUAUCAAAACGUCUCAAUAAUGGUCAUACGCUCCUACAUUUUGUUGCUUUUUAUGUACAAUUUUAACAGUCUGUUUUUUCUUUUUGUACAACCACGUUCUGGGGACAGUUCGCUGUAACAAUACACAUAAUAUGAAGUCAAGUAAAAUAUCUUAUUUAUUUACCUUGAAUUUGUUAAAUAUUUCGUUACUAAAAGUUAAACUUACUUCAUUGCCAAAAUUUCAUUUCCCUUACAAGAAUGUAGGCUCCUUGUCUUUCUUCUACAACUUAAAGCUUUAGCAACGACAAAACGCUAGCCAUCAAUGACGUAAAGCAUUAGCGACGGCGAAACCCUGGCCAUCAAUGACGUAAAGCAUCGGCGACAACAAAACGCCGAUCAUUAAUGACGUAAAGCAUCAACGACGACAAAACGCCGGCCAUUAAUAUCGUAAAACAUAGGCGACGACAAAAAUUUUAUUAUUAUUGACGAAGAACACUGGUUUUUAACAACGGACACAUGGUAAAUGACACAUGGUAAAUGGCCGAAAAACAAGCAAGGUUGCAAGAAGUCUGCACAGCACUUCCGAUGUGACAUUUGGAUUUCUCGGUGUAAAUCUAAUUUACGAGCCAAAGCUAUUUAUGAAACAAGGGAGGCUAGAAUCUUGUUUAAGUUUUUGCAUUCUGCAACGAGUAGCAAAACUAAGAAUAGUAGGUAGCCUUUUUUAAACUUUGAUAACGAAGUUGUUCUUGAAAUUUGUUAACAAAGUUGUUAACGUAAACUUUUAGUCAUUGACCUUAACUUUCAUUGUCUUUUGCAACCUUGGUCCCAGGCGUGCGAUGCGUUUCUUACUCGUUUCAUAAAAAGAUAUGUCAGUUUGAAGAGGUUCUUAAGUGACUUUUUAUUUACACAUCAAGGUUACAUCGCUGUUGCUGUUGUGAAGUUCAUAGUAAACGAAUACUUUCGUGACAAAACUUUUAAACAUUUGAAUCGAGUUUUAAAAGAUUCAAAUUACAAGAUUUUUUCUGCAAAAAACGUUAGUAUAUAAUGCCAGCUCUCACGAGUUCGUACUCGUUGUGUAACGUUGGAAAAUGUCAUAAAAUAUGCACUCAAAAUUAACUUUAUUGUCAAAAUAAAACUUUCUACGUUAAACUUUAAUAAUCUUUAUUGAAUGUUGGCACAUGUAAGAUAAAAACGAAAUAAUUCCAAGAAAGUACGAUAUUUUCAAGCAAGUACAAUAUAAUGACGAACACAGUGGUGAACGUUGAAACAGGUAAAUAUAUGUGACUCGUUUCUUUGAUGUAAAUGUGGCGCGUUUCUUUGAUGUAAAUAUGGUGCGUUUCUUUGAUGUAAAUGUGGUGCGUUUCUUUCAUUUUUUUCCUACAGUUCUAUGCAUUUUAACGCAGACCAUUAGGGCCGGUGCAUCAGUCAAUGUAUGAGUGAAGGUAACCGCUCACUUAUCUCCUUCCUUGGUAAGGCUUCAAUUGAAGUGUCAGAAUGUUUUAAAUUAGGUAAAUUGGCAGACCAGGCCCCUCUGGUUAAUAUACCCGUAAGUUAAAACGACAUUAAUAAACGUAUGUUGACAUUACUUCAUAGUUUCAUACACACUGUAGGUGGCAACACACUGCUUGUCAAUAACGACUGCACCUGUAGUAACAUUUUGUCGCAUUUACGAAUCAAAGCGAGGCUGAAUCAUAAAGAAAUAGUGGAUUUGAGUGAUGAACAUGGUAAUAAUAUGAACAUACGUCUUCGUUCCGACAGCCGUGCGUCUGACGUACUUAAAACUGGUCAGACGUACGUCUUACUUAUGGCUAGACAAACGCAGAAAGACAGCUUGGAAUGGACUCCUUUUGAUAACAAAUAUUUGGCAGACUCAAGAUAUAUGAAAACACUUAACCCAAGUCUACCUCAAGUUGUUGCCGAAAUACAAAACACACGUCGUGGCCGACAUCGAAAGGUUGCCGUGCAUCAGUUCGCUUUAUCGGGACUUUAAGGUUAAAUUUCUGGUUGUUGGAAAUAAAUACGUGUCAUGUAUUCGACGCCAGGCUUUCCUUGGAAUGACGAGCGAGACUUUUUUGUCACAAAACAAGGAAAAUGAGAUUUAGGGAUUAAGAAUGUUGGUUUGGUGUAAGUUAAAAGUUUAUUGCUAUAUUCACAGUGGGUAUUUUUUCACAAUUUUUUAUGAAGAUACAUGUAAAUAUAGAGCUUGAAAAAUACGCCAUGGAAUUACUUGAUAAAGUGAAAUUAUUGUGUAUGGUUAGUUUUGACACGCGAGCCAAAUCGAUUUUUUGGAUUUUAUCCGAAAAUUAAAGUACCGGGCAAUUUUCACCAUAUUGCUCAUUCUCGUUACCAGGGCAUUAUGUCAGAUAUCAAUGAAACGAAAUAUUGCCCUGGCAACAACGUUGCAUAUUGCUAUAUUCCAACUGCGCAAAAAUAGAAGAUGAGUUAGAUAACUUUUUAUUUUUUAGAAAGCUGCUAAAAUUUAUGCAGGAACGAUCUGUUCUAAAAACACAGACGAGUCAGUAGAAGAGUGUAGACGAUUGUAUAUAAGUGUAGAAAAGUGUAAACGAGUGCACACGAUUGUAGCUGAGUCAGCACACGUGUGUAGACGAUUGUAGAUUAUUCAGCAGAUGUGUGUAGACGAUUCUAGCUAAGUCAGCAGAUGUGUGUAGACGAUUCUAGCUGAGUCAGCAGAUGUGUGUAGACGAUUCUAGAUGAGUCACUAGACGAGUGUAAAUGAUUGUAGACAAAUGAGAAAAGACCAUUGUAGAUAAGUCAAUAGACGAGUGUAAACGAUAGUGGAUGAUUCAGUAGACGAAUCUAGACGAGUGUAGACGCAUGAGUAAACGAGUUUAGACGAAUUAUUUUGUGUUUAUUGGUGAACUUGAAUAAGAGAUUUGUUCCGACACUUUCGUUUGCGUCUACGUCCGUACAUUCGUUUACACUCGUCUACAAUCAUUUAGUGACUAGUCUACAUUCGUUUACACUCGUCUUCAAUCAUUUAGCGACUCGUCUACAAUCAUUUAGCAACUCGUCUACAUUCGUUUAUACUCGUCUACAAAAAUUUAGUGACUUGUCUACAUUCGUUUACAGUCGUCUACAAUCAUUAAGUCACUCGUCUACAUUCGUUUAUACUUGUCUACAAAUAUUUAGUGAUUCGUCUACAUUUGUUUACACUCGUCUACUAUCAUUUAGUAACUCGUCUACAUUCGUUUACACUCGUCUACAUUUAUUUAGCGACUUUUCUACAUUUGUCUACACUCGUGAGCAAUAAAACGAAAUAUUUAAUAUAUUAGCUGAAAUUUAUUGAUCUAUAACCUGUCGUACUGGGCGGGGUUACUCAAGUUAGAAU